CUUACCGAUAUGAUAAAUGCUGACAUAUGGGCCUACGGCAUGGUGGUAUUCAAUAUAAUCAACCCUGGAUUAAAGCACCCAUACGAGAAAAAUUUGGAGAAUUGCUGUGCAGGAGACGCGCCGUUACAUUUGUUGCAAAGGUUUGCCAAAGAAAACGUAAUGCCUGUGGCGCAACCUAAAUAUGCACUGCGACAAAAAGAAGAAUGGGCCGGUCUGAAAAAAAUUUACGAAACUUGUGCUACAAUUACUCCAUCGUCACGGCCAUCUAUGACGGAAGUUUUCAAACUGGUUCAAGCAGAAAGAAAAUCGACAACAAUUACCAGCUCGCUGCAUAGAAAUUCUAUGGAAGUCCACCUAAAGGUCAGUCAAGCUACUGCUAUCAGCAACGUGGACCAAGAACUACAAAAAGAACAAGAGAACGUCGGCGACCAAGAUAUUCAAGAUGAUGCUACCAAUGCUUGCGCGUUUCUCACUGUCCUGACAGCACAUGAGCUGCACGAAGCAAACGAGAUGUCUUGGGACGACAUAGUUACCAUGGCAGAGAGCAUCAUUGUCACUGAACCACACGUUUUCAACAGAUUCCGGGAUGUGUAUCAAUAUUAUGAUGUUAUGGAAGCUUACACGCUGUUGAAAAUCAACAACUGUCUUCCUGACCGUUAUGCUUUUACUGAAGAACUCCCGUACAAAGACGGUGCAUUGUCUGAUAUUGGAAAAGAGAGAUUGCUGAAAGCGAUGACGUCAGUGUCAUCUCAAUGUCCUUCAUUUGGAUUUUUCACUUGUGAGAAAUUCAUUUUUCUUAUUGGCUCCUAUAACUCAGACAUGUUUGUUCUUGACACACAUGAAGUUCCAGUUACAGCGGGAGGACGCUGCACUGCUCUUUUAAGACGAUUUAGUGGUGCAAAUGAAAAUUCUGCCGAAGAAUGCUGCAAGUGGUUAUGGAACCGACUAGCGUCAUCCAAACUGAGUGGCCCACAAUCAUUAUCAAUGAUGAUUAAACACAAUUUAAAAAGGUGAGUUCCAUUCAAAACAUGCAUAAUCAGGGCCAUUUACACGAAACGAUUAGUCGUAUACAAAUCUUAUCCUGGUGUAUGUUAUCGAAUAAACCCAAACUUUCAAAACUGACAAUGGGCAUGCAGAGUUGUUUUUUUACGCCAGAACGACAAUCGUAUAUGAUCAAUCGUAUCGUACAUUCGGGUUUCCUUUGGAGUUUCGUAAUGCUAAUUUUUAUUUUUUUUUUCUUACACUAAAUCAAUAGCACUGAUCAAGAAUGUCUUUCACUGCUGCACCAUUCACAGAAAGCCUCCGAACAACAACAAAUGAGAGUAGAUGAAAGAAUAGACAAACUUCCCCAAACCGAUAAUCCAAGCGACAACGAACGACUUAAGUUGAUCAACACUCCGGAAUUUACAAUUCAUGACGAGGAAGUAACGACUCACGUAGAACUUAAUUGGACAUCACAAACAAGAGACCAAAGCGACAUAGAGAUAGACUGUCGAUAUGUCGUACAUGAAACGAUGAACGAAGAACUGUAUCGCCAGUCAAAAACGCAAUAUAACAACGACAAUGUUGAUCCUCCACACUCCACAAGCGGUUUCGAAGAAGCAAAAGCUCCACUGGGAUCGAUUCCAAAAGUAUCUAAAAGAAAACUGGAAGAGGUAAGAAAAUUCAAUAAAGACUAGGUACCGCGCUCUUCCGAAUCUGAACACACUAGUUAUUUUAGAGCAGUUAUUUAUUCCUACGUGAUCAUCUUUACAACUGCGAAAUUAUAAAUUAAAUACUUUAUGUAUAAGUGUCGGAUGAUUUGUGAUAUCAAUACAUGUAGAUGACAAAUUUCAAGGUCGUACCUUAUUAGAUAUUUUGUUGCAAAAUGUUCAACUAUAGAUCCUCAGCGAUUCCGGUGCAGUGCUCUAAACUAUACUCCAACUGAGCUGUAACGGGUCUCUCUAACUCAGUUGGUUAAGGUGUUGGACUUGCAGGUUUUCACACUCGACGUUUACCUCUAUAAAACCAGUCUAAAAUCAAUUAGAUAGGCUGUAAAUGCCCAAAAUCCUGAUGAUGUUAAUAAUUCAUAAUAUUAUAACAUUGACGUAACGUUAUUUUGCGUGUUUAUUCAAAUGCUUGUUAACAUUUCUUAGGUUAUUCGUAUAAGUUCUGACGACUCCAAUGACGACAGUUCUGAUUUUGAAAUUGAUCCUCCAAAACGUAAAGCGUAAGUUAGUUUAAAUAUUUCCUCUACUGUUUUAGACGUUUUAAGUCCGUUGUAGUGCCAUACAAUUCAUGUUAUAUACGCUGUCAUUCACAAAUGCGCUUCCGAGCUACAAUAAUUCAAAUCUGUACCAAAACUAUUUUAUAUUUUGAAAUCGAUAUCUUCUUAACUAUAUUUGUUUUUGGCAGUGAAUGCCGAGACUCAUUGGUUAUUUUAUUGGGUAUGCUAUAUGGCCUUUUAUAUAAUAUUUCACAAACGACUAUGAGGAUUGGACUAGAUUUCGAUUCCGCGCAGUUUGAAGACAGAGGUGAUGCCGAGGACAGGAUGAAAAUGCUAGAACUUGAAAUCUAGUCCAGUCCGAAUUGGAGGAUUUGAAAUGACAUCUUAUACGAAUGAAUCACUACUUUAAGUGAAGUGAAUUAAUUUUGAUCCAGUCCAAGGACUGAAUCAAUAUACUUUACUGGGUAUCCAGUAUUUUCAUGUGAGCAAAAUAAACAAUAUGGAUAAUUUACUCAUGAAUUAUUAAUGAGUUUGAGAUUUCUGUGUCCAGUCAAAAGGGCAAGGUUAUCAUAUCGGCUUUUCAAAUAGGAGGACGAUUACUAAGUUAUUUUGCCAACUUAUAUUUUGGAAACUUUUAUUUUGGAAACUUUUAUUUUGAUUUUUCCAAGAAAAUAUGCGUGAAAAGCAGUUUUAAAACUUUUCGUCAAAAAUUUCAUUUCUACUGAGUUUGUAAGAGUAAGGAAGCUGGUUCUAAAUACGAGAUUACUGCUGGAGUGGAGUGCUUGUUGCAUUUGCCCUGCUAUGGAAAGCCAAUGGUUAUAUUUAUUGUUAUAUAGGUUUCGUAAAACGCAAGCAUCCGAGAGUAGCAGUACAGAUGAUUGUGAUAUAUCAAUUUCUAACAGGUAAGUUCUUGUUUUACUAACCUAAGUUGAUUGAAUUUUUUACUUCUUUGCAUGUUUUUGCAAUGAGGUCUAGAAACAUACAGUGUAAAAUAAGUUAUCAGUGCGUCCGUCUGACUACCUACACGCAGAAAAAAAGCAGCAAGCGAACUCAAAAGUUCCCCAAUGAUCGCAUGCGAAUGUCCAGCGAAUUGUUGGAAGUUUUGGAAAUUUUUAUGUUAGGUUUUGUGCAUGUUGCAGUAUAUAAAUACUAUGUAAAAUGGACAACCAAACUAAAUAUGUCGUCAAAACCAAAUAACAAUGUCGUAGCUGGUUUAGUACAAGUAGGAUUUAAAUUUAUAAAAUAAAUAGAUUCAUAGUUUAGUAAAUACGUGUACUUUAUACUAACUACUAAGUAGGGUAAAUGAUGUCGUGUAGACACAAGUUGCAUAUUUUUUAUUCAAAGGAUCGUAUACAACUACAACGACGAUCCCAAUCUUCCAGUGUACGAAUGGGCGACAAAAGUUAAAAGCGUGCAAGAAGUUUUACCUGCCCUGUUGAUGCAACCAGAUUUGGCCAAAACGUGUAGCCGUAUUCCAACGUCAAUAUGUGAUGAUGUGUGUUUUCUACUGGACACAAACAAGUUAGCAAGUCAGCAAGAUUGGAAAUGCGAUGACAUGGGGUCGUGGAAAAAUAACGGAGUGCAACGUCACGUUUUGCCAACACCCAGAAAUGACGAAGAACCGUUCAUUUAAAAUGCUCCGGAUGAUAGCGUUCAACAUGCUAUAAAGAGGAUAUAUUUUAAAAAUAAAUCAUCCCCUGACCUAAAGAAAUAUGUUUCAUUUUUAGAAGGUAAGAAGAAUGAAUUUCUUUUAUUGUAGAAGUCUAAAAAGUGAAUUGGCUUGAUCUUGUCAGCAACAUUACAGUAUAUUCUGUGCAUUUCUGGUCCCAGUCCAUCGUAGCAGAUUAACAGUUUACAGUAUACAACAAAACUAAAAACGUUUUGUUAAAACUAAAAUUUGUAUAUACAAUCUUUUCUUAAUAGAUUACCCGACGCUCAUAUUCAUACAGUAUUUGUUUGAUGGAAAACCACAUCGCGUAGAACCGGAAUCUCAUGGAAAUGCAAAGAAACUAAAUGCAUCUGGUUACAUUAGGACAAAAGAUGGCACGAAGUCGCGAUUAGAAGAAGUGUCGACAACGGAAACCCCAAAGUCAGACCAUAAAGUUUUCACGGAAAAGGGGGGUGUGCGGAAUGCGUCAUCUCCAAGUGACUUGCCUCGAAACAGAGAGCAAGCAAAGUAUGUCAAAUCCACCACAAAAGGUCAGCGCAUUGGUUUCAUAGACUCGCUUGUCAUUUUGCUAACACAAUGUAAGAGAGAGCAACUGCAACAUGACGAAAAAUCAUUUAUAAGAGAAGUGACUGGGGCCCCAGAGAUGCGAUGUGUCCUCGGAUACAACUGGCAGAUCCAAAACCUUAUCACAUUUUGCACAGAUCCAAUGAAUUUUAGCGUUUUGGGAGUGGAUCCGACUUUUAAUCUAGGUCGCUUCAAUGUUACAGUCACUACCUUCAGGAAUCUUAAAGUGGUAAAUAAAAUAGCUGGUCAUCACCCAAUCAUGAUUGGGCCCCUGUUGCUAAGCCAAAGCAAGACAUUUGAUGCAUACAACUACUUUUUUUCUAAAGUAAGUUUAUCCUAGUUUCAGAUGCGGUAGUUUUAACUAACCAUGUACUGUAAUUUCAAGAAUACAAUAUUUACUCGUUUAAACGCCGCGGCGCAUUUUAAAUUUUCAAUGCUAGGGUCGAGGCAUAGAUUAAGGACAGAUGUGUAACUUCAGUAAAAAAGUUGUCCCAUGGUCGCCAUCUUCCUAGCGCUAGCAAGUGUCGCUUGCGUGAUUAUUCGUCAUUUGGUAGUACGUCAUUGCUUUCAAAAAUGUUUUCAACACUUUUUCUACAACUUUAAUUGCUUUUAACAACUUGAAACACUCAACAAAUGAUGCUCUUGAUUGUUUAAUUCAUAAAUUUCGAUCCAAAAAAGCCGCAAUAAAAUGCAAAACUUCAUGCCUUCCAGGACGCCAUCUUCCUAGCAAGUGUCAUGCUUAAAUCGCGUCCGAUGUGUCUCGGCCUUUACAGAUGCAGCGCUUAUUUGAGAGCGGUGCUUGUUCGAGGUCGGCAGUUUUUAAAAAAUAUUUUAUUAAUACGAAAUAUUUGCAACAAAAUAUAUCAUAAAACAUACUGAAAUGCAACUUCGUUGCAAAAAUGUUUUCUUUCCGUGGUUGGGUAUUGCAAACAACUUUUCAGACUGUACCCUUAUAAUAAUCUUGCUCUCAUACGCUUAAUAGAUUUGAAAUGUUAAAACUGUUGAAAGGUUGUCUGCGUGGUUCUGCUAUUAUAAUAUUUGUUGUCGUUAGGGUAGUUAGUAAUGUCGUAAACUUAUAAAUGUACUUAUGUACAAGAAUCAAAGACAAAGUAAAAGUACCUAUAUAUUUGUGAGUCUAACGGAGAAUGUAAUUAAACCGGAAACUUACAUAGUUUUACUUGUGUUUUUUCUAGUUGGUGGGAUUAAAUAAGGAAGCAAGAAACAUUUUGGCAUAUGGGACAGAUGGAGAAGAAGAGCUUUACAGAGCACUUAAGUUCAGUUUUCCAUAUGCUGUCCACCUUCGUUGUUUCCUUCACUUUCGAGAAAACUGCAAGGCGCAACUGAAGAAGUCGAAUAUCCCAGAGGCGCAGCAAAAAAAAUUCUCGCCGACAUAUUUGGACGACGAGUCGGAGAUACGUGGGAAAACGGUAUGUACAAUUUCUUUAUUUUAGGGAACAUUUAUAUCCAUCAAAAUUUAGUCAGUCCAAAUUACUCUACUGUGAUCAGGGGCCGGUUGUAUAAAACCCUUAAUCACUUUUUUAAUCACUAUUUUGUAGUUAAAUAGUGAUUAACUCUCAAAUAGGCGGUUCUUAUUGGACGACGUUUCCACUUAACUAUAGUUAACUUUAAUCACUUUUUUAUACAAUCGGCCCCAGAACUAAAUGUACACCUUCAAAUAAACAGUGCAUUCUAGCAUAUUAUAUAUACCUGAUAUUACAUAAAACAUAAUGCAACUAUAACAAAUACUGUCCAUUGACAUUUUCAGGUCUUGUAGACGCUAAAAAUGAGGAUGAUUUGAAAAAUAAGCUAUUCAGUUGUGAAGAACAUUGGAACAAGGAAGAAAGCAGUUACCUUCCACCGGGUCAAAAACCCAAAUUCUAUGACUACAUCCUGGAGAAGGUACUGCACAGACUGUAUUACCAUUAUUAAUAUAUAUGAAAAAAUUUUUCAAUUUUGAUUGUCUAAGAGCUAACAGUGCAUGUUUUUCGAAAUGCAGCGCAAACAAAGAAAUACAGUGCAAAUUUCAUUGACUCUUUAGUGAAAAACAGUAACAAAGAUAGCCAAUAAGAUACAGCAAUCUCCAGCAAAAAUAAGACCGAAUAAGAAACAUUUAGGAUCUUUUAGGAGUGACUGCAUAAUUUUUUCAUGUAUAUUAGUAAGUAAUAGUAUUGUUUAUCGUCACAUACACUCGUGACUUUUUCAUAGACUUCAAAUUUCACUCAUCCUUCGGGCUCGUGCAAUUUUGAUAGUUUUUGAAAAACUCACAUAGACUCAGACGUCAUUCGCUUGUCACACACUUAGAAUAUUCGUGGCAGGGGCGUCGGUGCAAUAAACGAUUUUAAUGUAUUUGUUUAUUUUUUCAGAUCAUCGUAAUAAACCAAUGCAUGUCCCAAAGUGCUCGACGUAACGCCGGUCUAGGUGACCCUCCUCGCCCAUAUUAUACCAAUGACUCUGAAUCGGCAAACGCAAUGAUUAAAAGGGCAGUAAAAUUCAAAGAAAAUGAAAUAUCAGAUUUUGUGCGUGAGAUGAGUGUUAUGGUGCAGCAGCAAAAAGACGAUAUUGAAUCAGCCAUCUUUAACAAAGGCCCUUAUGAAUUGGCAAAACCGUUCAGAAAUUUUUAUGUUUCCGAGACCGAGUGGUUCAAAAAGAGAACCGAGCAACGAGAUCGUCACAUGGAAAAGUUCCAUAAAGCAAGUACACUGUAUGACAAAUGAGAAAGGGUCGCAAGCUACUGCCACUGUUCCUGUCCCAAGUGAAACUGUUUCUCGUCAUGGUACUUUAUCAUUACAACUAUCCAGCGCCAAUAUCCCGUCUCUCCCGGAAGCUACGUUGCAGGCAAUUGUACGGAAAUCUGAAGAGCUGCUGAAUCGCGAAGGUGCUAUUACACCUGCCCCUGGGAACAAUAAUGCCUAUAUGGUAGCGAGCCAGACCACAACAAAACCACACUUUGUGCAGCUGAAAGAAAAUGGGAAGGUCAUUUGUGAUGGAUGUCCAUCUUUUACAUCCGCAAAAUUAUGCGCACAUGCAAUUGCUGCGUCCGAGAAGGCAGGCGUGUUAGAAAAGUACAUUAAAUGGCUUUCUAAAAAUGGUCCAAAGACAAUGAAUCUAACCUCGUAUAUUACUUAUGACAGUAACAAAGAUACUGGGAAAAAGAAAUGUCAGGCUUCUACGGUUAGGAGAAAAGGAAACAGAAGUAGUAGAGUACCCCCUGUCACUAAUGUCGUAGACAGACCGUUCAACGUAACCAGUUCUACUAGUCCCAGUAACGAACCAAGGCAACAACAGAAUUUAUUACAACCUUCUGCAGUUCCAGUAUUACCACAUCAAAUGGUGGAAACUCGGUAUUCAGUUGCUACAUUGCCACAACAAGCAGCGCAAGCUCAGCAUUCAACACCUCGAUCAACACAGCCAGCAUGGCAAGCACAGUAUUCACCAUCUUCGGUACAACAACAAGCUGUGCAAGCUCAUUAUCCAGCACCUACACUACCACAACAAGCUGUGCAAGCUCAUUAUCCAGCACCUACACUACCACAACAAGCUGUGCAAGCUCAGUACACAGCAUUUCCUUACCAACUUCAACAACUACCAACUUUAUCCAGGCUACAAGGCCAACAUUCGUUCACACCACAGCCAUCGAAAGGAGCAUUCGAAGUGCAUCUUCUGCAAUUUUGUCCUCCAGCAGUGAGAGUUUGUUUCGGCUGUUCCCAGACACUGAAACCCGCCAAUCGCAUUCCAGAUGCACCACUUGACAUUGUCAUCGUGUCAAGAAUGUUAAGAAGCUUCAACCACCCUAUCACCAAGGAAAAAGUAAAUAAAGAGGGAAAUGUUUAUUUUCAUAUAAACAAUAAAUGCAUUUCCUCAAAACAACCAUAUUUUCAUCCUAGUAUAGUAACUGUAGCACACUGGGUAGAAUCUCAGCUCACGGCGACCCACAUAUCAUAUUUAAGACAAUGUGGCAUACGUAUUUGA